GAAGUGCAUGACUCGUUACUGCGACAGUGUGACGGUAUCGUAAGGGGCAUUUCGUCAUCUUAAAUCAAUGCCACUGGGCUCCAAAUUGAUUGAAGCGUGAAGCUAUUUGGAGGUACUUCUGGCAGCUCAGUAACAUGAUCAGUAAAAUGAGGCUUGUGAAUCCAUUUCCUGUCUACUGUCUUUUAAGAGCGUGGAAGUCUGGAGUCACUUCUGUGAAGAAUGUUUCUUCUUAUCAUUAUAUACCUUCAUGCCCUACAACCAUUGACACAAGACAGCAUGCUGGAGCACCUAUAGUUACUGAAGAAGAUAUUAUAUUAUUAGAGAGACUGUCAUUGGUAGACUUUGGGAAUAGACAAGGAGUGCAAAGGUUGACAGAGGCUAUCAAGUUUGCUGACACAAUAAGGGAUGUCUGCACUGAGGGGAUUGAGCCGCUCUAUACUGUGCUGGAAGAUAGGAACCUGCGGCUGCGGCCGGACGUGGUGGAAGAGGCGCCGUCAGUGGACGAAAUCACCUCAUGCGCCGCCCUCACCGAGGACGACUACUUCGUGGCGCCGCCCGGGAAUGUGCCGCUAGAGGUGCUCAACACGUACCAGGAGGAGGCAGCCGCGCCAGCACGAGAGCGCGAGGACCGGUUGGCCGAUGAGACCCUCUGAGCCACCUCGGGGUGUCACCAGUGUCGUCGGCCAGUCCGUGUCCGGGUAAUGUGUGAGUAAGUGCGACAGAUGUCGACAUCGCUCGUGUGAUUCAUCAGUUGUGAUUACUGUCGUCUCAUUGAAGCUGAAUACACUCAUCGCCAAUG